UCCUGCAGCAGGCACGGCUCAGCCACGCUGCUCGGACCCCCGCGCUGCACUGUCACCGCCACAGGCGUUAGGACGUGACAGAGGAAAGGCAAGGUCUGCUCCGGUGUGGAACACACCGCUUCACUACCUAACACGUUACGCCCUGAGUUGCCUCAGUGACGGGACUGUGUACCAGCAGAAGGUUUGGGUUUAGUGCUCGUUUCUCCGUCUUCUGUUAGGAAAAGAUGCUGGCCGGUGUGAGAGGGCGUGUGCCAAACGAGCUCCUCCAGGGGUGGGUGUGGAUCGCUCUGCACUGGACUUUCAAAGAAAAACUGCAGAAAUCAUGAGAUGGCUUGAGGCAGGGACCUCAUGCAAGUCAUUUGAGUUGUUACUACAGGCUGAAGGGAGAGGAGGAGUAAAGGAGAAAACAGGACUUUUAGCUGACCUCAGGACAACAUGGGAGACGUGCUGUGUGUGAGCGCUGUCAGACCCGGGUGCUGCAGCUGCUGUUCAGAGAGAAGGGGCUCCCAACACGUCCAAGGCCUUCAGCAUGUGGAAACAACAUCUACAGUGGAGCUGAUGGAUAUAACCAGAGCAACCCUUCCUGUGCCCUCACUGCAGCCACAGCAUUUCCACACUCUCCAGAGUCAAAUAUGCAGGUUGUGGAGGCCUGGGGGUUAUGCUGAUCCUUUCCAAGAGGAGAAUGUUGCAGACAGGUUCAAAUGGCAGAGACAAGGCAUUACAUUUGGAGCUGCCACAUCCUAUGUCCCCCUGGAGAAGCUGUGUGAAGGAUCCAGUGCAACUGUUUACAAGGGGAUCAGCAGGACCAAUGGCCAGUUGGUGGCAUUGAAAGUUAUCAGGCUGGAAGCAGAGGAAGGAGUGCCCUUUACAGCCAAUCGGGAAGCUUCUCUUCUCAAGCGUUUGAAACAUGCCAACAUUGUACUGCUUCAUGACAUUUUCCAGACCAAGGAGACACUAACGUUUGUCCUUGAGUACAUGCAUACGGAUCUGGCACAGUACAUGGCCCAGCAUCUUGGAGGACUUCAUCCUUGGAAUGUUAUGCUCUUCAUGUUCCAGCUUUUGCGAAGUCUGGCAUACAUCCACCAACAACACAUUCUUCACCAUGAUCUGAAACCCCAGAACUUGCUCAUCAGCUGCCUCGGUGAGCUCAAAUUAGCUGACUUUGGCCUUGCUCGUGCCAAGUCCAUCCCCAGUCAGACAUGCUCCUCUAAAGUGGUGACAAUCUGGUACCGUCCUCCUGAAGUUUUGCUUGGAGCUACAGAUUACUCUUCUGAUCUAGAUAUCUGGAAUGCAGGCUGUAUUUUUGUUGAAAUGAUCCAGGGUCAGCCAGUAUUUGCAGGAACUUCUGGUACUCCCGAACAGCUGGAGAAGAUCUGGGAGGUAUUGGGGGUCCCAACUGAGGACACCUGGCCAGGACUUUCCAAGCUCCCCAGCUACAAGCCAGAGCUGGUUGCUUCCAGGAGACCUCAGAGACUCCGAGUGAUCUGUGACAGGCUGAGCAGGGUGCCAGCAGCAGAAGAUCUGGCCUCCGGAAUGCUCACAGCCUUCCCUCUGUGGCAGAUCUCUGCACAAGAUGCCCUUCUUCAUGGCUUCUUCAGCCCUCUGCCUCCACAGCUCUAUCAGGUGCCUUCUGGGGCAAUUAAGAAGAAACCUUCUUGGACUGUGUUGUCAAGCUAUUUGAAAACUUAAUUUCUGGCUUCUGUGACAUAUCCCAAGUGAAGGAGCAGCCAGCUAGCAUCUCUCCCAAACUGCCAUCCUUCUGAAGGUGCUGUGUGUGUGCGUGUGCAGGAGUGAGAGACAUCUGCAUUCCUUUUCUGUUCACCCAGCCACAGAGCACAAAUCUACUUUGACACUUUCAGAAAAAUGAAAAGAUGGAAUCUCACAGGAGCCUGCCUGUGCUGGGGGGGGAGGAGGGGAGCACUCACAGCAGGAGGGAAGUUGACUUUUCUUUAUACAUAUAGGGUUUUUUCCAUGCAGAGUUUAAAUUAUGCCUGAUAAAAGGAGUUUCGUGGAUGUUUCAGUUCUUUCAAACCCUCCUGGCUUCCUCCCAAUUAAAUGAGGUUUGUCAAAGCCACAGGGCUCUGCUGCUGCCGGAGAGGCGGACAAGCACUUCCCGCAGUGACAUCUCCAAUCCCCAAGGGAGAAGAUGAAAGUGUCAGUGCCAAGAGAGAGAGAGAGUGUGGAAAAAAACAGGUACAGAGACAGUGUGAGAGAAAGGGAGAGAGUGAGAAGAAAUAGAAGGAAUGAGAAAACAGAUUGGCAUAAUGUGUCAAUCUCUCAGACACAUUUCCAGAGAGGGGACAGAUUCACCUGGGUUUCUACACCAUCCCCUAUUUAUUAUCCCCCAUAUUGCAGCAAGAAGUACCUUGUGGACAGGCA